CUCGAUGCGUGUGCUUUUCCAACUAACUUUGGGAACUCGUGUACACCCAGCAUCUCUUUCUGCGCCACCUCGCCUCCACUUUGGUUUCCCGCGCUCUGCCUGCCUUCUUCGGUGCCUCCCCUUCCUCCUGCCUAAGGAUGGAAGAUCCUUUCAGCCCCUCAACUCUGCCACCUGCACCCAAUCUCUCCGUACCCAUCUUGCCGAACUGGGGUUUCAACCUGACUUCUGGAAAGGGAGCCAGCGCCCCGGGGCCGCAGUCGCCGCCACCCGGACCACGCAUCCCCCGGGUCAGCCUGGUCUUACUGGGGGUCUUCUUGGUGGCGGCAGUGGCCGGCAACGCCACGGUGUUAUGUCGUUUGUGCGGCGGCGGGCCGUGGGCAGGUCCCAAGCGUCGCAAGAUGGACUUUCUGCUGAUGCAGCUGGCCGUGGCGGACCUGUACGCGUGCGGGGGUACUGCACUGUCCCAGCUGGGCUGGGAGAUGCUGGAAGGGCAGCUCCCGGCUGCGGGCGACCUGGCGUGCCGUUUCAUGCAGCUGCUACAGGCGUCUGGCCGGGGUGCCUCUGCCCACUUCGUGGCACUCAUCGCUCUCGAGCGCCAGCGCGCUGUGCGACGUCCCCAGGGUCCGCCGCUGCCCGCACGCUCCCUCGCCGCCUUGGGCUGGCUGCUGGCGCUGCUCCUGGCACUGCCCCCGACUUUCGUGGUGCGCGGGGACAUUCCGCAGCCGCCGCCUUCCGCUGCGUCCCCGGCCGCCCGCUCUUGGCCUGGGGAGCGUCGCUGCCGCGGCAUCUUUGCCCUUCUCCCGCGCUGGCAUCUGCAGAUCUACGCGCUCUACGAGGCUGUCGCGGGCUUCGGGGCGCCAGUCGCGGUCAUGGGCGUCGCUUGCAGCCACCUGCUCAGCGUCUGGUGGCAGCGCCGGCCCCAGGCCCAAGCCAUGGCGGCUCCCUGGUCGGCUAGUCCGGCCCGAGGCCCCGAGCCCAGUGCGCUGCCCCGUGCCAAGGUUCAGAGCCUGAAGAUGAGCCUGGUACUGGCGCUGCUGUUUGUGGGCUGUGAGCUGCCCUACUUCGCCGCCCGGUUGGCGGCCGCGUGGUCGUCCAGGCCUGCGGGAGACUGGGAGGGAGGCCAGGCUGCCGUUUUGCGCGCCGUGGGAGUGGCCAGUAGUGCUCUCAACCCUUUCGUCUACCUCUUCUUCCAGGCGGGCGAUGGCUGGCUUUGGCGGAGGCUACGGAGGCGCCUGGGCGCUGUGUGCUGCGCGCGGGAGGGAGUCUCGGAAGACAAUGAGUGGGCCGGGGACCACCAGGCGCUCCACCGCCACCGGUGGCCCCACCCGCACUACCACCACGCUCGGCGGGAGCAUCGGGACCAGGGCUGCUUGCGCCCACCCCCGCCGCGCCCCAGACCACUGCCCUGCUCCUGCGAAAGCGCCUUCUAGGGGCACAUUUGGGCGGAGGCAGGUCACCUGUUGCCGCAGCUUUGCCUCCAGGUGGGGUGAGACCCUAAAGCUGUCCCCUUCCUCCACGCCCCUAUUUUUUUUUGUACUGUUUACGUUUCCUACACUUUGCACUUAUUCCCCUCAAUUCCUCUCACAUUUCCUCACUUGGAGAGGAGAGAGCCUUUGGAAAGUUGUGAAAAAUGGAUUUCGGAGUUAUUUUUGAAGUUUUCUCUCAUUCUCCCAUUGUGUUCUGGAUAAGACAGUUUAUUUUAGCUUAACUACUAAACUUUCAUUAUUUGUUGUGGUAUCAUCUGGUUUUCGUUAUUUCGAAUCUUGCUUAAAUCAAGUGUACCUUGAGUACUAGGGAGUUUGCCAUUCCUUCCAAAAGAAGGGAAAUCCCCAUAUUACUCUCCCUGGGGAGACAAGGAGUUGUACCAGUAAUACUGUCAGAAAUGUAAUCAUGCUGCCACUUCAAAGACACAGAGUAUUUGUAAAAUAAAAACAUUUCCCACAGAGCAAUUAGGUCUUUUUUU